CCUGGCCUCUGGGCAGUGUUUAAGCUGAUGUGAGCAGUAGCCCAUAUCUGCUUUCUGUGCGUUGGAAAGUACACGGUCCAGGAUGAUGAAGGAGCAUCUCUUUUUAGAUUGGGUCCUUGGUUGGCUCUGGGUGGCCUUACUCCAGCGUCAACAUUGAGGUUCUGCAGAAGUUGGGGAAGACUGUGGAAACCAAAGAUGAACGGUUUGAACAAAGUGCCAACAACUUCCACCAGCAACAGGCUCUCCCAUCGUAGUAGCCCCCGAUUUUCCUUGUUGCCUCUUUGGCCACUACAUCUACCUCGCCGAAGCCCAGAAUUCUAAAUGAUCCGUCCAUCUUUCACCUGUCAUUCUCACCAGCAAACCUCCUAUUGUCUCGGUUCCUUCUACCUUCACUGGCUGCUACGGGCAGAAGGCCAGAAGCUCUACAAGGACCUGAAGAACUUCCUUAGCGCCGUCAAAGUGAUGCACGAAAGCUCAAAAAGAGUGUCAGAAACCCUGCAGGAGAUCUACAGCAACGAGUGGGACGGUCACGACGAGCUGAAGGCCAUCGUAGGGAACAAUGAUCUCCUUUGGGAAGACUACGAAGAGAAAUUAGCUGACCAGGCAGUGAGAACCAUGGAAAACUACGUAGCCCAGUUCAGCGAGAUCAAGGAAAGAAUUGCCAAGCGGGGUCGGAAACUUGUGGACUAUGACAGUGCCCGACACCACCUGGAGGCGUUGCAGAAUGCCAAGAAGAAAGAUGAGGCCAAGACUGCCAAGGCAGAGGAAGAGUUCAACAAAGCCCAGAGUGUGUUUGAAGACCUGAACCAGGAACUGCUGGAGGAGUUGCCCGCUCUGUAUCACAGUCGUAUUGGCUGUUACGUGACCAUCUUCCAGAACAUCUCCAACCUGAGGGAUGUCUUCUACAGGGAGAUGAGCAAGCUGAACCACAGUCUCUACGAGGUGAUGAGCAAACUGGAGAAGCAACAUUCCAACAAGGUCUUUGUGGUGAAGGGAGUAUCAAGCAGCAGCAGACGCUCUUUAGUCAUCUCUUCCCCAGUUCGAACAUCCGCAGUCUCCAGCCCUCUCACCUCACCUACCAGUCCCUCCGCGCUUUCUUUGAAGAAUGAAGGGGACUCCAUCUCAGCAAGUGAAGAAGAGCUGGCAUCUGAUCUGGCCCAGCGAGAAGAUGAUGCUGAGAUUAAAGAGCCCUUAAAAGACCAGGAAGAAGAAGUGGGAGAGUCUGAAGCUGGCUCCUCUGAGGAGGAAGAGCCUCUGCCAGCUUGCAACGGCCCCGCCCAGGCCCAGCCCUCUCCCACCAUUGAGGACGGCAAGUCCCAAGAGGAAGCGCUCCCCGGCUCCCCAUCUCCAUCACCAGGCGGACCCCUUCUCCCUUCAGAACAGCCCUCAUCUCCCCCAGAAGUGGUCCUCCGAACCCGCACCUCAAGUGAAGGGUCCGAACAACCGAAGAAGAGAGCCCCUGUCCAGAGGACCUCUGCACCUCCUAAUAGGCCGCCUCCGCCCAGAGCCACUCCCAGCCCCAGGCACUCCUUGGGGAACCUCCCCUCCAGCCCUCCAGCCUCUGAACAGGGCUCGCCCACCAGUCCUAGGGCCCUCUUGGAGGCUUCUCCUGACCCCCAGCCGCCAGAGAAGCCAGUAAGAACUCCUGAGGCCAGAGAAAAGGAGAACAUCAGCAAUCUGAACCCAGAAGAACUUUGUACUUCCCCUACCUUGAUGUCCUCUGAGGUUUUUUCAGAGUCUGACAAGGCAAAGAAGAUAGAAGACAACGAAGAGAACAAGAAGCUGGGCUUCGCUGACUCCCCUGAGAGCCAAGAUCAGCUUCACGUCUCCGCAGUUCCAGAAGAGAGCGACGUCAUGGCACCCGAGCCUCAAGAAGAGGUAUCUACAGUGCAAAAUGACUAACUCUGAAGAGGGACUGCCGAGCCCCCCCCCCCCGCCCCCCCCCCCCCUGCAGCACACACCUCCCCAAGAAGCUCCUCAGCUCAAGGGUAUACAGGUCAGAGGGACUUAAG